GGGCCCAGCCCCCUGCCCCAGUUAGCGGAGGUGUCGGUCCUGGACGCGCACGCGAUUGCGCGCGCGCGCGCGCAAACACCCGGAUGGACUGCGGCUUCCGGCGCGCUCCCCUUGGGCGGUAGGGGUCGUGAGUUGGCUGCCGCCUGGCCCGCUCUGCUCCUGUUGGGGCAUGUGCGGGCCUGUGUGUAUAGAGAAAUGGAACAAGGGCUGCCUGACGGGCAGCCCUAAGCCCUCUGAGCGAGGUCCUGCCGCUUCCGCCGCCAGGAGCCUCUUUCUCCGGACCUAGCGAAUGUGCAAUACCAACAUGUCUGUGUCUGCUGAUGAUGCUGUAAGCACCUCACAGAUUCCAGCGUCGGAACAAGAGACCCUGGUUAGACCAAAGCCAUUGCUUUUGAAGUUAUUAAAAUCUGUUGGUGCACAAAAAGACACGUAUACUAUGAAAGAGGUUAUAUUUUAUCUUGGCCAGUAUAUUAUGAAUAAACGAUUAUAUGAUGAGAAGCAACAGCAUAUUGUGUAUUGUUCAAAUGAUCUUCUAGGGGAUUUGUUUGGAGUGCCAAGCUUCUCUGUAAAAGAACACAGGAAAAUAUAUACAAUGAUCUACAGGAACUUAGUAAUAGUCAAUCAGCAGGAACCAUCAGAUUCAGGCACAUCUGUGAGUGAAAGAAGGUAUCACCUUGAAGGUGGGAGUGAUCAAAAGGACCCUGUGCAAGAGCUACAGGAAGAGAAACCUUCAUCUUCACAUUCAGUUUCUAGACCGUCUACCUCAUCUAGAAGGAGAACAAUUAGUGAGACAGAAGAAAAUUCAGAUGAGUUACCUGGUGACCGACAAAGAAAGCGCCACAAGUCUGAUAGUAUUUCCUUUGCCUUUGAUGAAAGCGUCGCUGUGUGUGUGAUAAGGGAGAUACGUUGUGAAAGGAGCGGUAGCAGUGAAUCAGCAGGGACUCCCUCAAAUGCGGAUCUUGAUGCUGGUGUAAGUGAACAUUCAGCUGAUUGGUUGGAUCAGGAUUCAGUUUCAGAUCGAUUCAGUGUAGAAUUUGAAGUUGAGUCUUUCAAUUCAGAGGAUUAUAACCUUAGUGAAGAAGGACAGGAACUCUCGGAUGAAGAUGAUGAGGUGUAUCAAGUUACUGUGUAUCAGGCCGGGGAGAGUGAUACAGAUUCAUUUGAAGAUGAUCCUGAAAUUUCCUUAGCUGACUAUUGGAAGUGUACUUCAUGCAGUGAAAUGAACCCUCCCCUUCCACCACAUUGCAACAGAUGUUGGGCCCUUCGUGAGAAUUGGCUUCCUGAAGACAAAGGGAAAGACAAAGGGGAAAUGCCUGAGAAAACUGAACUAGAAAACUCAACACAAGUAGAAGAGGGCUUUGAUGUCCCUGAUUGUAAAAAAAACACAGUGAAUGAUUCCCAAGAAUCAUGUGUUGAGGAAAAUGAUGAAAAAAUCACACAAGCCUUCCAUUCCCAAGAAAGUGAGGACUACUCUCAGCCAUCAACUUCUAGUAGCAUCAUUUAUAGCAGCCAAGAAGAUGUCAAAGAUCUUGAGAGGGAAGAGACACAAGACAAAGAAGAAAGUGUGGAAUCUAGUUUUCCCCUUAAUGCCACUGAACCUUGUGUGAUUUGCCAGGGUCGACCUAAAAAUGGCUGCAUUGUCCAUGGCAAAACAGGACAUCUUAUGGCAUGCUUUACAUGUGCAAAGAAGCUAAAGAAAAGGAAUAAGCCCUGCCCAGUAUGUAGACAGCCAAUUCAAAUGAUUGUGCUAACUUAUUUCUCCUAGUCUGAAAAGUAGAAUUAUAUAUUUCUAACUAACCCUAAAAAUUUAGACAUGAAAUUCUAUUUUUUUACAUGUAUCAGAACAAGAAAGAACUUUAGUACAUGUAGAUUUGUUUUCUGUAGUGUAAUAUUGCCUACUUUGUAAGAGGGAAUAGUUAAUAUUUAUUUUCUUUAAUGAAAACUUCACUUCUGUUUAUAUUUUAUAUUUAGGUUUGAAUGUAAUUUGAAUGGAUAUAUAACUCAUCCUUGACCCCCACCACUCAUAUUUUAAAUAAUUUCCACUUUCUUAAAAGAUCCCAGUCGGAUCUUUUAAAAAAAAAAUACUGUCAAUAGAACAUUUAAAUGUAAUUGUUUAGUUGCUGGCCUUUACUUAAGGCCAGUACUAGAAGCCAGGGAAUUCACAAAGACUAAUUGAGAAAUUUAAUAAACAGAAGGGCUAUUUAUUUUUAAACUAGCUGAAAAUGUCAUAACUUCUCUCUAAGUUGUCUAGAAAUAACAGAUCACUUUUUUUUUUUUAAGAAUGAUAGGGUCAGAACAUAGGAUUCUAAAAUAUCAAAUGUAUAAAUUAACAUCUUGAUUUUGCACAGGAAGUUUGUGUGCCAGUUACUAAUGGUACAUAAAAACACAUAUAUAUGACUUACCAAUACACAGGUAAGUAGGUAAAAAUGGUUGAAGCAAUCAGUACCUUAGACAAAGAGUGAUCUUCUAAUGUAGUAGAGCUUUAUUAAUUUGGGGUUUAUAAUACUUCAAGCAUAGAAAUAGAAUUGAUCCGUUCUGAACAGAGUUAGUAUUAAAAAUGUGAUUAUAAACAUUUAGGAUAUACAAUAAUUAUACUAUUUAGAAAACAUUCACAUGUGCAACAUUUACUGUGCAUUAAUGUAGUCUUGAUUGUCUAAAUUUUUGGGUUAGUAUACAUAAGUUUAUUGAUUUAUGAAUAAACAAAUUAAAUGACUAAGCAUUGUUU